AUGGCCUCUGCAGCUCCAUCUAGGUUUGAUGCUGCUGGGGGGGUGGUGGUGCUGCAGCAGCAGAUAGAGGGGGCGGCUGCUGGGGGCAGAGCUGCGAAGAAAAGGAAGCGUUCCUCUUCUGCUGCUGCUGCUGCUGCUUCAGCAGCAGCAGCAGCAGCAGCAGCAGCUGCUGCUGCUGGACAGCGCAGCUGGCCCGCCAAGCUUGUAAAGGAGUGGGGGCCCUUGAGGGGGCCCCCCAGGGGGGCCCCCCAGAGACCCGGGAAACAACCCUUUGAAACAGCAGCAGCAGCAGCAGCAGCAGCAGGUGCUGCUGCUGCAGCACAGACUGCUGCUGCUGCGGGAGAAGUUGCUGCUGCAGGAGCUGCUGCUGCUGCUGCAGUGGAGGAGAAAGGAGCCCAGCUGCUGCUGCGUCGCGCAGCAGCAGAUGGCGUGCUGGCGGCGUCUCUGGUGGCAGCAAGCGGGAAACCAGCAGCAGCAGCAGCAGCAGCAGCAACAGCAGCAGCAGCAGCAGCAGCGCCAGCAGCAACACCGACAGCAGCUGCAGCGCGUGAGGCGGAUGGCGCACUCCCAGCGGCAGCAGCAGCAACAGCUACAGCUGCUGCAGCAAAUACAGCAGCUGCUGCUCCUGCAGGAGAAUCAGCAGCAGCAGCAGCAGCCCGGACGACAGCAGCAGCAAACCAAAACGCAGCAGAGACAGCGGCACUAGCAGCAGCAGCAGCACGACGGACAGCAGCAGCAACAGCAACCCUAGAGGGGAAAUACCACGGGAACGCUGCUCCCGUUGUCACGGCUGCUGCUGCUGCUGCUGCUGCUGCUGCUGCUGCGCAGCAGCAGCAGCAGCAGCAGCCUCAGCCGCAGCCUCAGCCGAAGCCGCAGCCGCAGCCGCAGCAGCAGCAGCUACAGCAACAGCAGCAGCAGCAGCCUCAGCCGCAGCUGCAGCAGCAACAGCUGCAGCAACAGCUGCUGCAGCAGCAGCUGCAGCUGCAGCUGCAGAAACAGCAGUUGCAGCAGCAGCAGCUGCUGCAGCUGCAGAAACAACAGUUGCAGCAGCAACUGCAGCAGCAGCAGCAGCUGCAGCAGCAACAUUUGGAGCAUCAGGAGCACCUAGAGCAGCAGCACCGGCUUCAGCACCAAGCACUGCAUCGGCUGCAGCAGCAAGUGCUGCAGCGACAGCAGCAGCAGCAGCAGCAGCAGCGCCAGCAGCAGCAGCAGCAGCAGCAGCGGCGGCGGCUGCUGUGCUCCGCGCUGCUGUCCCUCAGCUGCACUGCAGCAGCAGAGGGGUCCCCCCAGGCAGUGGGGCGGCGCCCCGAAGCAGCAGGCCGGGGGUGUAGAUGCUGCAGCAGCAGCAGCAGCAGCAGCAGCACCAACAGCGCGAGCAGCAGCUGCAGCAGCAGCAGCAGCAGCAGCAGCAGCAGCAGCAGCAGCAGAUAUGGAUGGAGAGGCCCCCCCCUUCUUCUUGAGGGGCCCCAGCGGGAAGGCAGCAACGCCCAGAGCGGCGUCGCCUCCGCUGUCUUACACAACAGAGCAGCAGCAGCAGCAGCAGCUGCAGCAGGAGCAGCAGCAGCAGAAGAAGAAGGAGCAGCAGGAGCAGCAGCGGCAGCAACGCCCAGAGCGGCGUCGCCUCCGCUGUCUUACACAACAGAGCAGCAGCAGCAGCAGCAGCAGCAGGAGCAGCAGCAGCAGGAGAAGAAGGAGCAGCAGGAGCAGCAGCAGCAGCAACAGCAAGGGGAGGAAGAAGAGAAGGAGCAGCAGCAGCAGCUCUUUGGUUCGCUGCUGCAGCAGCAAACUCAGCUCCCGCAGGAGGACAAAGAAACAGAGACAAACGCAUCUAUGCAGCAGCAGCAGCAGCAGCGGCAACAGCAGCAGCAGCAGCAGCAGCCGCAAGUGCUGCAGGUUUGUGCUGCAGCAGACAAGUCCAGGCUUGCUGAGGCGGGCAGCCGCUGCAGCAGAUCCCACUUGGGGGCCCCCGCUAGGCCCCAGCAGCAGCAGCAGCAGCAACAGCAGCAGCAGCAACAGCAGCCGCACCCGCAGCAGUCGCGGCAGCAGCAAUCAACUUGGAUGGAGGAAAAGCAGCAGCAGCAGCGGCAGCAGCAGCAGCAGCAGCAGCAGCUGGACGGCGUCGAUUCAAAGAGGCCAUCGGCAGCAACAGCAACAGCAGCAGCAACAGCAGUAGCAGCAGCAGCAGCAGCAGCAGCAGCACGAGCAGCAGGGGCAGCAGGGGAUUGCAUAGCACAACCGAGGCAGCAGCAGCCUUUGCUGCUGCAGCAGCAGCAGCCGCUGUCUUCGUGCUGCAGCGGCGUUGCUGCAGCAGGAUUGGAAGCCCUACAGGAGCUGCAGCAGCAGCAACGUUUGCUGCUGCUGCUGCAGCAGCAAGAGCAGCAACAGCAGCAACAGCAGCAGCAGCUGCUGCUGCAGCAGCAGCUGCAACAGCAGAAGCUAGACUGGCAUUCCCUGCUGCAGCUCCCGGGUACAGCUACGCCUGCAGCGCGGAAGCAGCGAGUGAAGACUUGCAAAAGAAGCAGCAGCAGCAGCAGCAGCAGCAACAGCAGCAACAGCAGCAGCAGCAGCAGCAGCAUAAUACAGAUGGCGAGUCUGCAGCAGCAGCACCUGGGGCGGGUCUGUCUUAUAGAGCAGCAGCAGAAUGAGGAACAUCAGCAAACACUGGAGGAACAGCAGCAGCAGCAGCAGCAGCAGCAGAGGCAGAAGCAGCAGCUGCAGCAGCAGCAGCAGCAGUUAUUGCAGGGCUGUGCAGCAGCGGAAGGAGGCAUCUCUUGCUGCAGCAGCAGCAGCAGCACCAGCAGCAACGACAGCCUGUUGGGGAGGGCACCCGCCUCCAGCAUGCCCCUGAUGGAGCGGCAGCAGCAGCAGCAGCAGCAACAGCAGCAGCAGCAGCAGCAGCAGCAACUGGAGGAGCAGCAGCAACAGCUGGCACGAAGCGACCGCAAGCAGCACCCGUAG